CGCAAAAGUUAGACAAUGGAAGUGGUGUAUGAAGCUAUAUAACACUUUUUGUUGUCAGGCAGAAGCUAAGGUCUACGUAAUCUGCUACUAUGCUAUGUGGGCGCACCCAUCGCUUCCCUCGGUCACCGUGGGGGUUCGUUGGGCCCUCGGUGGCGCGAUUGAGGGACCUUUGAUAAACUAUGCCAAGACUUCUUAUCAAUAAGCGAUACCCCGCCAUCAGGCUGUGGCACCGCGUAUACCUUGGCUUGAGCUUGACAACAAAAGUGUUCCAUAGCUUCAUACGCCACGACCACUUUACCAUUUAACUUGUGCUCAAAAGUGAAGCUACUACCGAAUAUGCAGAACCUACACGCCCCUACUGUCCCGUCCGGUCCCACGACAGCGAAUGGAGGUGGGAUACGGACUGAGGGGCUCACACUGCCGGAGCUUCAGUUGAAGAAGGAGUCUAUGGAAGCUGAGCUUAGAGCUCUUGGAGGCGUCCUCGAAUCUCAUGGAGUUGAUAUGAACACAAACCUCAUGACGCCAGAUGGUUUCCCGCGGGCAGACCUCGACGUCGCGCAAAUACGAACAACGCGCUCGCGGAUAAUAUAUCUGAAGAAUGACUACAAAGCACUUAUGGAGGUGAUCGAAAAGGCGGUCCACGCGCACUUCGAGUUCCUCCAAGCAAACCCUCUGCCAGAGUCCGAUGAACAGAAGCCAGCAACCACCAAUGGAGUACACACAUUGGAAGCGGCGCGGUCGCGCCCGCCAGUGCUGGAGACCCCAUUCGCAAGGGUCAACAGUGUUGUGGAGAAUAGUCCGGCUGAAGCAGCGGGGUUGAAGGCAGGGGACUUGAUUCGCAAUUUCGGAUACGUGAAUCGUGAAAACAAUGAUGGGUUAAGGAGGGUGGCAGAAUGCGUGCAAGGAAAUGAGGGUCGGGACGUUCUGGUAAAGGUUUCGAGAGGAUUCGGUGCCGAGAGGCAAGAAUUGAACUUGACUUUGGUUCCACGAAAGGACUGGGGAGGCAGGGGUUUAUUGGGGUGCCAUAUCGUUCCGCUUUAGGCUGCCGCUCUUCGUGUUAUACCAAGUUUCCAAUUCUGUAGCGCAGCGAAGGGGUUUCGGGCUUAUGGACUUCUGGAGUAUCGUAAGGGCUGGAGUUGUUGCUAUUCUUCUGCAAAAAAAUGUAUCACCAGUCAGAGCAUGAAACAUUAUAAUGGCCAG